AUUUCUCAAUCAUCUCAGCGGCGGUGACGUAGGGGCGCUCCCGGGAUACUCGUGACGUUGACGUCACGGACAGGCUAAACAGGAAGAGAGAAAGGAGAGACAGAGACCCACCAACCGACUGACUGACAGCCCAGGAGAGACACCAAGAAGCAAACAUGGAUCUCUUGUUCGGACGCCGGAAGACCCCAGAGGAGAUGCUGCGGCAGAAUCAGCGGGCCCUUACCCGCGCCAUGAGGGAGCUCGACCGCGAGCGACAGAAACUCGAGCAGCAGGAGAAGAAAGUUAUAGCCGAUAUUAAGAAAAUGGCUAAACAGGGACAGAUGGAUGCUGUGAAGAUCAUGGCUAAGGACCUGGUCCGUACCCGACGCUACGUGAAGAAGUUUUAUUUGAUGAAAGCCAACAUUCAGGCCGUCUCUCUUAAGAUCCAGACAUUGAAGUCUAAUAACUCCAUGGCCCAGGCGAUGAAAGGGGUGACUAAAGCCAUGGCUACCAUGAACAGACAGCUGAAAUUGCCCCAAAUCCAGAAGAUCAUGAUGGAGUUUGAGAAGCAGUCGGAGAUUAUGGACAUGAAGGAGGAGAUGAUGAAUGACGCUAUUGAUGACGCAAUGGGGGAUGAGGAUGAUGAGGAAGAAACUGACGCUGUGGUAUCUCAGGUAUUGGAUGAACUGGGCCUUAAUCUUACCGAUGAGCUCUCCAACCUACCGAGUACAGGAGGAUCCCUCAGCGUGGCUGGAGGGAAGAAAGCGGAGCCCACGGCUGCCAUGGCCGACGCAGAUGCAGACCUGGAAGAGCGACUGAACAAUCUGCGAAGGGACUAAUGUGUUGAAUAACGUAUUACAUGGACUCUUCAAAUUUUUAUCUAUUUUUUAUUAUUUUUUUUCUGUUUGAGUGAGGAUGUAGGUGAAUAGGGUGGAACCUGGCGGAGGUUUAAAUUUCAUGAUUUGCGCAUUAAACGCUUUGGCAUAAAG